CGGCUGUGGUCGUGCACGGAAGACGUGCUUUUCAAAGCUAAUUAUGAAAACCUUUGUCAUUGGAAUUGGGGGAGUGACAAAUGGCGGAAAGACAACACUGGCUAAAAAUUUGCAGAAGCGCCUUCCAAACUGCAGUGUCAUAUCUCAAGAUGAUUUCUUUAAGCCAGAGUCUGAGAUAGAAAAAGAUAAAAAUGGAUUUCUGCAGUAUGAUGUGCUUGAAGCCCUUAACAUGGAAAAAAUGAUGUCAACCAUUUCCUGCUGGAUGGAAAGCCCAAGGCCAUCGCCAGAAACAGACUGGGACAGCACUGAGGACAUUCCCAUUUUAAUCAUCGAAGGAUUCCUUCUCUUUAACUAUAAGCCCUUGGACAGAAUAUGGAAUAGAAGCUAUUUCCUGAGCAUCCCGUAUGAAGAAUGUAAGAGGAGGAGGAGUACCCGAGUCUAUGAGCCUCCAGACCCCCCAGGGUACUUUGACGGCCACGUGUGGCCCAUGUAUCUGAAGCACAGGCAGGAGAUGGAGAGCGUCUCCUGGGAGAUCGUUUACCUGGAUGGAAUGAAGUCUGAAGAAGACCUCUUUGCACAAGUGUAUGAAGAUCUCACGCAGGAACUGUCAAAGCAGAACUGUUCCACGGUCCUGUCGAAGUGAACGGUGAAGGAACAGCCAGGAAACUAGUUCAUCACAUAGCCAAGAGCAGCAUACGAGAGUGCUCACAUAGGAGUGAUUGUUUCCGUUCAUUCACCGCCUUGAAAAUAACUCCAAAUCAGAGACCUUGAUAAGCUUGAGGCAUUGAUUAUUUUGCUAUAUGGGUACUUUAAGGGUACUUUAAGGUUAAAAGAUUAACCUUUGUUACAUCUCAUAAUGACAUUUAUGUUACUUUCUUUAAAAUUUUUAGCUGGAAAAUAAAAUAAAAUUUUUAGUUGAUACCUCCUAUUUCAGUAGAGCUGAAGUUAAUGUUUGGGACAAGUAAAAUUAAAAUGCUGGUGACCUUGGGGCUAGAGUGAUAGUACAGCGGGUAGGGCGUUUGCCUUGCACGCGGCUGAACCGGGUUCGAUUCCUAGAAUCCCUAUGGUCCCCUGAGCUACCACCAGGAGUAAUUCCUGAGUGCAGAGCCAGGAGUAACCCCUGUGCAUUGCCAGGUGUAACCCAAAAAGAAAAAAAAAUACUGAUGACCUUUAUAUAAUAUGUCUAAAAUAUC